CUAAGGAGAUUUAUACAAUGUUUCUUGGAUAGUAAAGAUGACGGCUGACAUGGCGUCCCGCGUUGAAGAGCUUGAGCGGACGCUACGCAUGGUGGAAAAGGAGCGCGAUGAGUUGGCAGCAGACGUCGAACGAUUGUGCCUCCAAAGUGGCUCCAGCAAGUUUGAUCCAAGUAAACUUUUGGCCGAAAGGAUGCGAAACGCAGAAUCGGAUUUGCGGGCAGUUCGGGUUCAGCUAUCUGCAGUUGAGACGGAGCGCAACAAACUGCGUGAGGAAUUCAAUGUGGUGCGAGGAUCUAAGCUAGAAAGCGAGCGUCGCGUAGAGGAGCUGCUCGCACAAUGCUCAGCCCUGGAGAAUGACGUUGCCCUUCAAAGUGAUCGCGCUGACAAGGCAAUUGCCGAUCGCGAUGAGGCCAUACAACAGGCUCAGGCUUCUGCUCUGCAAGUAGAAACGCAGCUGCGUGACCUGUCCCGAGCCCUAGAGCUGAGUCAGGCUGCAAAUGGCGAGCUGCGGUCCAGCGUCAGCGAGCUGCAAGCGGAGCUUGUGGCUCUGCGGCAGCGCCGCGAGCGCGAGGAUGCCGCAGAAGCGCAGGCCAGGCUGGAGGUCGGGCAGCUGCAGGACACCAUACAGCAGUUGAGGAGCCAGCUGGAGGAGGCUCAGGCGGACGCAGCCCACACGCACAAGCUGCUGAAGCAGGCGCACAAGAUUGAGGACCAGCUGAGCGGACAGGUGCAAGAGCUGCAGGCGACCCUGGCGGAGUUGAAACGGCAGCAGCUGAGCCAGCGGCAGCCGCAGGCAAGCGCGGCUCCGAGCGGCUCCAAGCAUGUCCUCGCUGCUGCAUCGGGCAGCGAACCCGCUGAUCAGCGUAGCGGCGGUGACGGUUGCCCCGAGACAGCCGGUGCAGCGGCGGCGGAGGAACCGACCCGCGGGUCAUUAGCGUCCACUCCACGCGGCGACGAUGGCGACGACAGCAGCACCGGCAACGGCGUCAGCAGCAGCAGCAGCGGUGGCGGCGCCGUACGAGUGCUGCGUUCCGCCUUUGCAGCCGAGGUGACAGUAACGGCGGCUGAGGCAUCGGUCGCAGGCAACUCAGGAGGAGAAGGCGGAAGCGCAGUGGGGAAGGGAGAGGCAAGGGAACGAGAAGAAAGAGGCCCCGCUAGCGCUCCCUCGGCAGAUGUCGUAGCUUCCAAUGCUGCCUCCGGAAGUGAAGCAGCAGCAGCAGCGACGGCGGCGGCGGCUGCAGCGGCUGCUGCUGCAGCCGCCGCGCGGCUACGGGAGCUUGAGGCCGAGCUAAGUCAAGCGCAGGAGGAGCUGGUACGGGAGCGAGCCGUACACGAGGAGGAGCGGGAGCAGCUGCAUGUUCUUCGAACCAUGGUCCAUGAUUUCAAAAUCAAGCUAGCCCAGGCCACCCAGGAGAAGGUUCAGGCACUGCUGCGUGCAGCCCAGCUCACCGCGCAACCGCCAGCCGAGCCCUCUCAACCGUCACAACCGCCGCCGCAGCAGCAACAGCAACCGUCUCCGGGAGGCCUGGGACCCGGCUCGGCUUCAGGCGCGGGUACGGGUACGGGUGCCGGCUCGGGCCCCAGGGCGGUGCCUCAACGGCCGCCAACGGGUGCGGGUGCGGGUGCGGGUGGAGCAGGGGCGAAUGCGGCAAAUUCUCGGCGGUCAAGUCGGGACACACUUCUGAGUCGCAGUCCAGGCACCGCCUCCUCCCUCUUCCCCGCCAACUCCGCGCCCUCCUCGUCACCCAGCACAUCCGCCGCCAGAGGCCUCUGGAGCUCAUGGAUCGGCGGCGGAGUCGCCGGCUGGUACGGCACACCUUCCGCCGCCGCCGCCGCUGCCCCGGCCGCGGAGCCUGCCGGCGCUCCCGUCACCCUCACUGCCCCCGCCGCCGCCGCUUCAGGCUCCACCGCCGCCGCCAGCUCAACAUCCGC